AUGAUAAAAACAAAUGUGUUUCGGUUCUUUGCAACUGGAAAUGGUCCUAAGGAUAUUAAAGGUAAUUAUGGGAUAUUCGAUCAACAUCUGCCGAUUGCAUGGAUCAAAACUAAUAUUGAUCCAUUUGGAGGAGAUGCAAACGAGAUUACGCUGUUUGGUCAAAGUGCUGGUGUUCAGUCUACUGCUCUACAUUACGAAACUGAUGAAAUGCAGCCAUUCUUUCAGCGAGCUAUCAUCCAAAGUGCACCAACGACAGUUCCAUUUAGAUACAAUGAUUAG